UCAAAUACCAUUUCCAUUUGACAGUUUUGACAGUUUCUCGUUUGCUAUCGCAGGUAGUUUAUUUAAAAAAUAAUGAGUGUGGGACACGUAUUAAAUUUUCCAUUUUAAAAGUUAGGAGAUUUACAAUUAAAUGCCGCCAUUCCACCAUCAUUUAUUUAAAUAAUAAAUAUAACAGUAAUGGAAACCCGAUUUCGUGGCAAACAUUUAAUAGAGGAAAAAGCGAGAAAAGACACCAAAAUGACUCCUAAAUCGAACAAGGACUCCUUUAACGAAAUUUCUGAAGAAAUUGAACUGGCAACAAGCGACUCGUGCCUAUUACUAUCAGCAGAAGAAGAAGAUAAGGAGGCUACUGGAUUAAAUGAGGAGUCUCUAUGGGCCACAUCUUUACAAACGUUUAUACCAUUUUUAUUGGCCGGUUUUGGAAUGGUAACUGCUAGUCUACUGUUGGAUACAGUGCAACACUGGCAAGUCUACAGGCACGUUUCAGAAGUCUACAUCUUAGUUCCUGCCCUUUUGGGUUUGAAGGGCAAUUUAGAGAUGACGUUAGCUUCUCGGCUGUCGACCCACGCAAAUUUAGGGAAUAUGGAUACAGCACACCAACAGUGGAGCUUGAUCGUUGGCAACCUCGCUCUCAUACAGUGUCAAGCUCUUGUCGUUGGGUUCCUAGCGUCCUUCGCCGCAGUUGUCUUAGGAUGGGUACCACGUGGAGAAUUUAAUACGGAACAUGCGCUCUUACUUUGUGCUAGUAGUGUAGUGACCGCUUCCGGAGCAAGUUUCAUACUAGGAUUAGUGAUGGUCGGCGUCAUAUUAUUUUCUCGAAGGUUUAAUAUUAAUCCAGAUAAUGUCGCAACGCCAAUUGCGGCUAGCCUAGGUGACUUAACAACUUUAGCUUGUCUCUCGUGGCUCGCAUCCUUGUUUUAUAACAGUAUGAACAAUUUGCCUUUGUUGUCUAUUAUUGCCAUAGUUUUGGCUGUCAUCUUGAUACCUGUGUGGGCUUGGCUCGCAAGCAGAAAUGUAUACAGUAGGCAGGUGCUAGAUACGGGCUGGACUCCGGUUAUUGCGGCAAUGUUAAUUAGUAGCCUUGGCGGAUUAAUAUUAGAUUUCACGGUUUCACAGUACAAGGGAGUUGCCGUAUUUCAGUUAAUAAUAAACGGGGUUGGGGGAAACUUAGUCGCGGUACAAGCAAGCCGCAUAUCAACAGAACUGCACAGUAAAGCCACGUUAGGGCAUUUACCAAAAGGUAUGAAGGUUUGCUUGAACCCGUGUGCCACUUUCUGUGAUAAAAAUAAAUCCAAGCACUCGAGUACGGCACGAAUGUUACUGUUAAUGGUGAUACCCGGACAUUUAAUAUUCUCAUACACUAUUAGUUACUUACAAGCGGGCCAUACUUCGUUAACACCCAUUUUUAUGCUGGUGUAUUUGACAGCAGCGAUGUUACAAGUUUUUUGUUUACUUUACAUAGCUCAAGUUAUGAUUGCGUGGAUGUGGCGUGCUGGAAUUGAUCCAGACAAUUCUGCUAUCCCAUACUUGACCGCGAUCGGAGACUUGUUAGGUACAUUUCUUUUGGGCGUCGCCUUUCAAUUAUUAUUUCUCAUCGGAGACCGUGAUAGUGACGUUGGUGAUUAAUUUAGUUUUUGUUAUGCUGAGAGAGGCUACUACAGGGUAAACAUUUUUACAUUUCGACACUACAAAUUUUGUUCAAUGUUUCAUGGUAGCUUGAGGGAAUAGGUGCCUAUUAAACAAGUGGCCAUUUCAUUUUUUCAAAAUUCUCAUUCAUUUUAUAAAUAUACUGGGACCAAAUUUUCUAUUAUGAUUUUUUUUGAAUCAAUAUUUUUUCCAAACGCAUAUUUUUUGCCCCAUACAGAGUAUAAUUUUAAUUUUGACACAGAAAUUGGAAACACCCUAUGAAAAUAUGGUCAGCAUACAAUCAUGAGCCAGUACCACUUUGUAGCUUUAAUUUUCUCAUAAUUCAUUGCACAAUGAUUAUCCAUAUUUUCGCUUGUCCUCCACUUACAGACUGUGACUUCCCAAAUCCCUUUCAUUAAUUUAGUUAUUGACCUCAUUAGUUUAAUUUAGUGUAAUUGAAAAUCUAGUCGUUAAUUUACAGUACACAAGUGUACACUAAUCGCUUUCGCCUUAGUGUCCUUUUGUUCUUGCCUAAUUAGUAUGUAGAUCCUUAGCAAUUAUUGCUGUCAAUACUGUGGUUCUUUCAAUUUUUUGACAUUGUAUUUAACUGUAAUUUAUAUAGUUUACAGUUUUAAUUUAAGAGUAUGGUACUUUUAUUAUUUAAGUAUAGGAGAUUACAU